AUGAGUUCCAGAAGUGCGAAUGUUGAUAGGCUUAGCCUUUUGCCAGAUGUGCUUCUUGCACACAUACUCUCUUCAAUGCCUACAAAAUCAGCAGUGGAAACAAGCAUCUUAUCCAAAAGAUGGAAAUCCUGCUGGACAUUGGUCCAUAGCUUUGACUUCCAUUACAUUGACCACAUCCCUGAUUCUGAUACGUUUUUGAGUUUCGUAGAUCGGGUGUUGAAGCUUUGUAAAACAUCCCAAGUUAAAUUAUUCCGAUUACACUGUUCUGAAUCUUUGAUUGGAAACACAAACGUACCAAAGUGGAUUAAUGAAGCAGUUAAGCUAAACCUUAAAAGCAUGAAAUUUAUAAGUUUCAAGAGGCGAGAGUGCGAUAUAAAGUUGAUAGAAUACUUGUUGGCGAAUGCAAAUGUUUUGAAGACACUAACUAUCAUUUCAGAAAUAUGGCCCCCACCGGAUGAAAUGCGUUUGUGUGAACAGUUUAUGAAGUUUCCAAGUGCUUUGGGUUGUUGUGAGAUUCAGUUUAUUAGGAAGUGGUCUCAUUUCUACAAUAAAUUAGAUGAUUAAGAGUAAUUAUUAUUUUGGCGCUGUGGUAUAGUUGAAACAAGGUUGAGUCAAAGUUAUAUGAUUUUGUUGCAAUUAUUGUCUUUGUGGUUUCGUUUUGAUAUUUUUAUUAUUCGUGAUCAAUCUACCUAUAUUAAUUUCUAUGUACAUUUAGGUCAUCCAGAAUAUAAUGAAACCAUUG